UGUCCCACACGUUCACUCAAUAAAACAAAUACUAUACCAUUCUAUAUUGUCACGUUAGUUAAACGUAAGGUUUCUAUAAAUACUUUCUAAAUCGUACAGCAAGACAGAUGUCCUGUCCGUGAAUUGACCACUAGACAGAAUCAUGUUCUCCCAUUUACUUCUACUGACUUUAACGGUCACUGCAACCUAUGGAGCUGACAGUUGCUUUAACGCAGAUCUGGGCAUCUCACGUCAAUUUUGUCAGCCGUGUGGAACUCCUGGCCUUGAUGAUUUCUGCGUCAAGAGAUAUGGAGCCUGUGGGAACUAUGUAGUUGGUGGAUCAAAUCUUUAUGGUCUUCUUGGUGGAGGCGCCGGUCUUCCACCACACGGGUAUUUGUCUACUGGCUCUGCUACCGCCCCACCCGCAACUUGUCAGGGACUUAUUGAUUUAGUGUCUAAACUUCCAAACAGAAAUCUUGGCACCAACACCAUUCCAAUUUACAACCAGAUUGGAUCUUUCCCAACAUAUGGAGCCACAAAAAUACCCAGGGUUGCCUUUAACAACUUCCUGUUGACCUGGUUGAGAAUCGACAGAACCAACGUCCAUCAGUGUCUAGAAAACAAUGUCCCCAAACAUCCUUAUGGACCUAACGGCAGAUGGAACACAAUUUGGACCAACCCCAGAUACCUAAGGCUAGACAGCUUUUACUUCGAAUAUAAUGGAAACAACACCUGGUCAUAUCAGUGUUACUGUGACUUCUGCAACGCCUGCCAGAGUUGUGCUGAUCUAUACCAGGGCAAAUAGACAAUUCAUUUAGUAUUGGCAGAUUAUACCAUCUUUGGAGAUGAUUUUCAACAUUUUGUUCCUAUAGCUAUAUUUUAUUCAAAAUGUACAAAUGAAAGAAUAAAUAAAGUUUAACUAUGCACAAAA